UAACUAAAUAAUGCCACCCAAUAACAAUAGCAUUAUUUGUAUUAUGUUCUGGUAACAUAGUGGUGAACAAGGAAGACAGGGUCUCUGAUAACUGUGGAAUUCUCCUUGAUCACUUCUCAAGCCUCUCUUCUGGAUACCCACUAUUUCUUGGAUCUACAGCGCUUUUCCUUCCCUACUUCUGUAGUUCAGUCUCUCCUUAUUCUCUACCUCCAAUAAAAAGGGGCCUCCUAACUGGUUUUUUAUGCAACUAUUCAACAUGGUAUUUCUAAAAUGCAGAUCUUUCGGGAUGAUUUUCAAUUGCUCAGAGAAUAAAUUCCUCGACUUCCUAUGUAAGGCCCUGCAGGACCAGGCCCCUGUCCUUAUCUCUGAGGACUCUCCAUCUUGCACCCAAAGGCCCAGCAAUAUCUUACUGCUUUCAGUAAAUACACACCGGGGUAUGUGGUGUUUUGUCUGCGGAAAGGGGAUGUGAGUUGCUAACUAAAAGAUUUAUAGUCAAUCUUGAAGGGAAGAGCUCAUAUCGGAAGCAAUGGAAUGCCUCGAGCUGGCUCUGAGAGUACACAUUUUUUCCAGUCAUAAGUAGAUCACAUUUUUGUGAUCUUGUGAUCCCCUCUCUAGCAGAGCCGUGCAGACUACCCACUUCCGGCCCUUUCUUGCCCCACGAAAUUUCACAUCACAACGACUUGUGGUUUUAAUCCUCCGUUUUUCUGCUGCUGAACUUACUUCAGCCUGGGAAGUCCUUUACCUCCCAGUAGGCCUGGCGAGCUCCAUCACAACAUUCAAGAUUCACCCUGGAGCCAUCUGGGAAACUUUCUUUUCCAGCUCGCCCUGCGUCCUCGCCUCCCCACCCCGUGCUUCUCGAGUCGGGUGAGCUGUCUAGUUCCAUCAGAAACCGCACGGCCGCAGGGGUGGCCGGUUAUUUACGGUUCUACUGGGCCCGACAGGCGUCUGGGGAGCCGAGCAGUUGCCGACGCCUGGCACUACCCGCUGCAUGCAGCAGGAGCCUCACGUCCAGGCCGGAAGUGAAAGGGCAGGGAGUGGGUCCUCCCGGGGUCGCAGGCGCAGAGCGGCCUCUGGUCACGUGAUUCGCCGAUAGUCACGCGGGCGCCGCUCACCUGACCAGGGUCUCACGUGGCCAGGCCUCUCCGAGAGGGGAGACCGGCGGGCCAUGGCAAGCUCCAGGCUUUGGUUUUCGCUGCUGCUGGCGGCAGCGUUCGCAGGACGGGCGACCGCCCUCUGGCCCUGGCCUCAGAACAUCCAAACCUCCGACCAGCGCUACGUCCUUUAUCCGAACAACUUUCAAUUCCAGUACGAUGUCAGCUCCGCCGCGCAGCCUGGCUGCUCAGUCCUCGACGAGGCCUUCCAGCGCUAUCGUGACCUGCUUUUCGGUUCCGGGUCUUGGCCCCGUCCUUACCGCACAGGUUGGCCACACCAAGCUUACCCUGUCUUCCCAGGAAAACGGCAUACACCUGAGAAGAAUGUGUUGGUUGUCUCUGUAGUCACACCUGGAUGUAACCAGCUUCCUACUUUGGAGUCGGUAGAGAAUUAUACCCUGACCAUAAAUGAUGACCAGUGUUUACUCCUCUCUGAGACUGUCUGGGGAGCUCUCCGAGGUCUGGAGACUUUUAGCCAGCUUGUUUGGAAAUCUGCUGAGGGCACAUUCUUUAUCAACAAGACUGAGAUCGAGGACUUUCCCCGCUUUCCUCACCGGGGCUUGCUGUUGGAUACAUCUCGCCAUUACCUACCACUCUCUAGCAUCCUGGACACUCUGGAUGUCAUGGCGUACAAUAAAUUGAACGUGUUCCACUGGCAUCUGGUAGAUGAUCCUUCCUUCCCAUAUGAGAGCUUCACUUUUCCAGAGCUCAUGAGAAAGGGGUCCUACAACCCUGUCACCCACAUUUACACAGCACAGGAUGUGAAGGAGGUCAUUGAAUACGCACGGCUCCGGGGUAUCCGUGUGCUUGCAGAGUUUGACACUCCUGGCCACACUUUGUCUUGGGGACCAGGUAUCCCUGGAUUACUGACUCCUUGCUACUCUGGGUCUGAGCCCUCUGGCACCUUUGGACCAGUGAAUCCCAGUCUCAACAAUACCUAUGAGUUCAUGAGCACAUUCUUCUUGGAGAUCAGCUCUGUCUUCCCAGAUUUUUAUCUUCAUCUUGGAGGAGAUGAGGUUGAUUUCACCUGCUGGAAGUCCAACCCAGAUAUCCAAGACUUUAUGAGGAAGAAAGGUUUCGGUGAGGACUUCAAGCAGUUGGAGUCCUUCUACAUCCAGACGCUGCUGGACAUCGUCUCUUCUUAUGGCAAGGGCUAUGUGGUGUGGCAGGAGGUGUUUGAUAAUAAAGUAAAGAUUCGACCAGACACAAUCAUACAGGUGUGGCGAGAAGAGAUUCCAGUGAACUAUAUGAAGGAGCUGGAACUGGUCACCAAGGCCGGCUUCCGGGCCCUUCUCUCCGCCCCCUGGUACCUGAACCGUAUAUCCUACGGCCCUGACUGGAAGGAUUUCUACAUAGUGGAACCCCUGGCAUUUGAAGGUACCCCUGAGCAGAAGGCUCUCGUGAUUGGUGGAGAGGCUUGUAUGUGGGGAGAAUAUGUGGACAACACAAACCUGGUCCCCAGGCUCUGGCCCAGAGCAGGGGCUGUUGCCGAAAGGCUGUGGAGCAACAAGUUGACAUCUGACCUGACAUUUGCCUAUGAACGUUUGUCACACUUCCGCUGUGAGUUGCUGAGGCGAGGUGUCCAGGCCCAACCCCUCCAUGUAGGCUACUGUGAGCAGGAGUUUGAACAGACCUGAGCCCCAGGCACCGCGGAGGGUGCUGGCUCUAGGAGAAUGGUAGUGGAGCCAGGCUUCCACUGCAUCCCGGCCGGGGGACGGAGCCCCUUGCCUGCGUGCCCCUGUGCUUGGAGAGAAAGGGGCUGGUGCUGGCGCUCACAUCCAAUAAAGAGUAAUGUGGCAUUUUUCUAUAAUAAACAUGGAUUACCUGUGUUU